UUCACCAAGUGAUGGUACGAUGAUAAUUAGUUAGAAAUUUAUUUUUGUUUCAUUCGUUUUAAUAGGAUAAAUGGCUGCUAAAUGGAGUUGUGUUUUCUUUUCCUUGGGGAAUAAUUAUUCGUUAUUUGAGUUGUUUAAAUAAAUGUGUAACACGAUUAGUAAAUUCUCUCUCAGUAGUCAUUGGAUAUGGUAUUUCUCAGAUCUCUCUGAAAAUGAUGUUUGGUGAUAGUCCUCCCGAACCCGCUCCCGGUACACUCCCUUCUAGAACCACUCCUCCAGUUUACCAUAUCGAAGCACUGGGAAGAAGGCCCAGAUUGGGAUAUUUAGAAAGCGAAUGCGAAUCAGAACCACCUUAUUUACCUAACAUGCUGUCAGGAGGAUUAUCUUCGUUUGAAUCACAAGACAUUUCCACAUUAAAUCCAACUCAGACGGUUCCUGAUGCAACGGCGCCAUCUUGCACCGGUGAAGAUGGAAGAACGAAUAUCAACAAAUUAAAUAAGACGGAUAACGAAAGGAUAUAUAGUCAACCGCAACAGGUUUUAAUUCCUAAAACUGAGGGAGCGACCUCGGCAACCAGCACAGCCACCACAGCCACUCCUAGUGCGCCUCCUACAAGUAGUCCAAAUACGGGAGGGCCUACUUACAGCAAUCCUUUACCAGUAUUCUGUAGCACGCCUAGUUCAACAACGGGCCCUAUGGUACCUGUUCCUAACUGCGUGAAUCCUCAACUUAUCCAACCAGCCACGGCUCCUGCUAGAGUCAGGCAACCUUUCUCUCCAGCUUCGGCAUUUUCAUCUACAGCCAUCUCUUCAUCGAGGUUUCAUUUCCAGAAGUCUUGUAGCCAUAGAUGUUCUUGGAAGAUGUCUACCAUUGUUCUUAUAUUUGUAACUACCAUUCUAACGGCAACAAUGACUUAUUUUGCAGCUAUGAGUUCUCUUAGCGUUUAUCCAGAAAGCAACAAACCGUGCAUUGUUGUUUCAGAUAGAGAAAACACUAGAAGUACUACAGGUCCUACAGAGCUUCCAACGAACAUUAAAGGAAUAGGACUUCCAGCCCAAUCUGCUUGUUUAGUGGGGUUAACGGACACGGCUAUUUACAAAAAGAUUAUAUUGGGCACAGUUCUAACGAAAACUCUGCCAGCACACGAAUCGUGGAAUGUUUGGUUUAGUCAACUAGAAUCUACUUUUGUUCGUUUCAACUUUUCGGUUUCUCACGGUACUCGACUAGCUUUUUUAGCAAGGAAGAACGAACCACCUUCAAUUACUGCUUAUGAUAUUAUGGAGGUGAUAGCCGAUGAGCACCGAUUGUACAAAAGAGCCACGAUACAACACGAUGAAGUUAAAUUUUUACAUCAUCUGGACCCCGGUACUUGGUACAUAUCCAUUAUAAAUGACGAUAGUAAAGCCGUUAUUGUAAAUUUUCACCCAACAGCUGCUCGUGACAUUCCAACGACGUGUCCCAAUGAUUGUCAUGAACACGGUAACUGUCACCUAGGAAAAUGUCAUUGUUUCCCAGGCUACAUUGGUCCCGAUUGUGCAGACAGUAAGUAUUUGUAACAUCUCAUUUCAUUCGUGUGCAAUUCAUCCAACUUAAUCAAGUAGCCACGCAAUAUUCGCUUCGUAACUAAACUUAAAAAAUUAAUUACUCCAAGUUUCAUUUAAAAUUUAAUUUUACCUAACAAUUUUAUAAUUAAAACAAAGUUAUUUAUAAUAAUUUUAAAAGAAAUUUAUUCCCGUUAAUAACAUUUGUUCCCAUCCCAAAAGACGAUAAUAGCGAUGUUAUAAAAUUUUCAAACCUGUUUAAAAGUUUUGUUUGAACGGAAAUUGCAGAAAAUGAAGUUAUAUAUUUAUAAUCAUCGAGUGUGAAAUGAAUAACAUUACUUCGAUAAGUGCUCGCUUCAUCAAACAUCUAAAAUAUACACGAAUAUGCUCGAAUGCACCAUAAAUAAAUGGUUUAUGAAGGUCCCCGUAUGAUUAUCUGUCAAGCAUAACGCAUUAAUAGUAUCUAUAAUAUAAUUACGAAUAUACCUUUAUUCCUAAUUAUAUUAUUCCUUUAUUAAUGUUUAUGAGAAGAAUCUAUACAUUAAAGAUGAGCAUUAAUAAUAGUCAUUAUUAUAAUGCAAAUUAAUGAAUGUUAACGAUAAAGUUUUAAAAAUCCAGUAGAGAAAAGAGGAAGAAAAACGAUUUUAAAGCAAAUUAUUAGUAUGAAAAUUAAAAGGAUGGAGAUAUAUCAUCAUUUUACAGUGACUUAGAAACUGUUAAAUUAAUUUGAAUUCAUGUGAAAUGUUGCAUAUGUUCAGUUUUGAAAUAGUCAUCUUUCAUCGCAUUUGAUGAACGAGCUCAUCUGAGAAUCAGUCGCUAGAAACUUUAGCUUAAGCUAUCUAAAAGUCGAUUAACCCAUUCUAAAUAGCAAAUGGCUACGUUAUACUCUAAAUAGUUAAAGUAUUCGAAUGUAUGAUUAAUUUUGUGUAAUAUAGAAUUACUCUAAAUAAAAGUGGAGAUAUUUUAUCUCGUUUAAAAUUUCAUUAUUAACAUAAUCUUCUUGUGGAUAAUAUCUUAAAUAACGAUACAGGAAAGAUUUUACAGGAAAUAAAUUCGAAAAUUUCACAC